GUUUUUUUAAGUAUUUAGUUCGUUUUCAAGCAUAAACUCUUUGAAGUUCAAGUGCCUAAAAUGCCAAGAUCAAGGACUAGGAGCUCAGAAAUGCCACAAAGGCAAUCUCCUCGAGGCACGCAUCAGGUUAGGUCGUCGAGUUCUGAAUCCGAUUCUUUGCAUCAUCGAUCGAUUACUGAUCAGAGUAGUCCCAAGGUUGGUGACCGUCGUUCGUCUAGAGGUGCUCCUCAGGCGGAUCCAUUGAACCAGAAGAAGCUCGGCACUCGCAUUUCAGAUUUGGAAUCUCAACUGGGGCAGGCACAAGAAGAGCUGAAGAAUCUGAAAGACCAGUUGGCUUCAGCUGAAGCUGCAAAGAAAGAAGCACAGCAAGAGCUGGAAAAUAAGACCACGAAGACGAAAGCUCAUGAACAUAUUGAGCCUAGUGAAAAGAUUUCUCCCAAGAAAACUCGAGAUUCUAAGAAAUCCGAUUGCACCGUCAGAGGCGAAGUUUCUGAAGACAAUCAACAAGAAACUGAUGUUUUCGAAGUCCCGGUGGAAAAAGCAGCUUUUGAUCCUAAGGUGGAAGUCGAAGAAGUUGAUCAAGAUGAUGAAAAAACCAAAGCAAUAGAGAUAUCAACUGCACCACCGAGAGAAUCAGAACCGGAAAAACCAUCUUUGCAAGAAUUGGCUUUGAAAAAUGAUGAGAUAAGUAUGUUGAAAUCCAAGGUAGAAGAGAAAGAAAAGGAGCUUAGUGUUUUUACUCAAGAAAACGAGGACCUGAAAAAGCAGCUCAACGAAGCGACCUCGAACAUUUCGAGUGGUAAAGCCAAGGAGGAAGAAAUGACUUUGAAGUUAAGCCAAGUAGGGGGGGAACUGGCAGCAAGUAAAACAGACGCAGCUCAAUUGAAGGAAAAGCUCCAAUCAGUGGAAGAACAAAAGGAAGCAUUGGAAGCCGAGAUGAAGCAGCUAAGGGUACAGACUGAACAGUGGAGAAAAGCAGCGGAUGCCGCUGCAACUAUUAUUUCCGGUGGCAUGGAAAUGAACGGGAGGAUUUCAAACCGGUGUAGCUCGAUGGACAAGCAUUUCGGUGGCGUGUUUGAGACUCCAGCUGGUGGUGGUUUUGCAGGUUAUGUCGGAUCACCAGGCUUAGGUGACGAUAUGGACGAUGGUUUCGUAACUGGAAAACGCAAAGGCUCUGGGAUUAAAAUGUUCGGAGACUUGUGGAAAAAGAAGAGCCAGAAAUAAAACUCUGCACAUCCGAAGUACUUCCGAAGAUCGUAUUUUGUGACGGCAGCUCCUAUAAUCAUUUUGAAAUGGUUGCUCACCAUUCCGGUUUUUGUCGGUCAUGUGUUCCGAACGUUGCAUCAGGUCUGGCUGCCAUAUCUCAUGCUCAGUAGGUAUAGUAUUGCUCCUGCAAAAGUAAUGUAAAACCUAAAACCACUAAGGAUGAUCUUUAACAUGUUGUGAUGUUAUUAAUUAGGUAUGGGGACAUAUGGUAUUUAAGAGGUAUUUCU